AUGAUUGGAUACCCAUAUACCUGGGAGAAGGGGAAAGGGACUGCAAACUGGAUUGAGGAGAGACUUGAUAAGGUCCUAGUAACGAACGAGUGGCGCAAUAUAAUUCCCCAUGUAAAGGUUAUGAAUUUGAGAACCAGGAAGUCAGAUCAUUCAGCCAUUUUUUUCACAGUUCAGGAGGAGGUAGGGAGGGAUGGGGUUAGAAGAAGGGGUUUUAGGUUUGAGAUGGCAUGGUUAUAUGAUGAGGGAUGUAGGGGUGUGGUGGAGCAGGCGUGGCAGGAAGGGAGAGGGCAGGGUUUACAGGGUUGUGUUCAAUACUGUGGAAACCGGUUAACACGAUGGGGUGGGGAUCGGUUCCAUAAGUAUGGGAAACAGAUUGUGCAGCUGAAACGGGAUCAACAACGUUUGAGAGGAUGCACUGACUCGGCCUCUCUUGUCGAGUUUCAGCGAAUAGAGCAACUUCUGAGUCGCACUGAUGCCCAGGAGGAUGCAUACUGGAGGCAGAGGGCCAAGCAGCACUGCUCUGGGGGUCUGGGAACUGGAGAUGAUUUUUUUGGGGGGAUAGAACCCAGGGUAUCACAGGCGCAGAAUGACUCACUAUUACGGCCAUUUAAUCUGGAGGAACAUUUCUGGGAUGUGGUAGGAGGGGAUGUUGCGAGUUUUGUGCUAAACUGUCUUGAAUCAGGUGACCUCCCGUCUGGCUUGAAUGAGACAGAUAUUGUGUUGAUCCCUAAAAAGAGUAAUCCAGAGUUAGUAACUGAUUUGCGCCCUAUAGCACUUAGCAAUGUCAUUUACAAAAUAAUAGCUAAAAUGAUGGCUAAUAGAAUGAAGCCUUUGAUGGAAGGAAUAAUAUCUGAGACACAGAGUGCUUUUAUCCCAGAUAGAUUGAUAACAGAUAAUAUUCUAUUAGCUGCAGAAGUGGGGCACUUUCUGAAUCGAAAACAGUGUGGAUUGAGGGGCUGGGGUGCACUUAAGCUGGAUAUGGCUAAGGCAUGGGUUGAUUUGAUUAUGAAAUGUGUGACCACAGUCUCCUAUAGUAUUCUGAUAAAUGGCUCAAGGAGUGACCCAAUAAUACCCACGCGUGGUUUGAGACAGGGAGACCCGCUAUCCCCAUAUUUGUUUAUUAUCUGUGCAGAGGGACUCUCGUUGUUACUACAACAGGCUAACAGAGCGGGAUUAAUUCAUGGAUGUAGGGUAGCAAGAGGUGCCCCUCAGAUUUCUCAUUUGUUUUUUGCGGACGAUAGCCUUUUAUUCUUUAAGCCUAAUGUGGAAGAGGCUAAUGAGAUAAAGAAAUGCCUGACUGUAUAUGAGGAUCUAUCGGGACAGGUGGUUAACUACCACAAGUCGAGUAUUUGUUAUAGCAGGAAUACGAGUAAUGUGGAUAGGGAAAGUGUGGCCCAAGUUUUGGCGGUGGAGCAGGCACCAAACUUUGUAUGCACGGCUAUAGAAAGAACGAUGAAUAGAUAUUGGUGGGGUUCUGGGACGGACAACCGAGUUCACUGGAAGGCCUGGGACAAGCUAUGUGUUCCUAAGAAGUAUGGUGGAUUGGGUUUUAAGGACCUACGUGCAUUUAAUCUAGCUAUGUUGGGGAAACAAGCAUGA